AUGGCAGAGGCUGUGAACCCUGCGUUGGUGGUGAAGACACGCAGUGCCCAUCUUGAUUUGGACCCAAAGAUGAAGGAGCUCAGGCACUGUACAAGGACGCAUGAGGAGGAAUCAAAGGCUCGACUGGCAAAGGAGAUGGAGGAGAAAGUGCUACAGGCACAGGGCUUGAAGCCAGAACCGGUGGUGCGACCUAUGACAGAAGCAACGCUGCGAACAGAUGGUUGCGAGGAGGUGAAUCGAAUGUUGCAUUCCAUUGCAACGGAAGUGGCUGAUGUGCCAGCAGUGGGGAGCGACAAGAAGCUUCCGCCAAGCUACCAGAGUGACUCUGGCGAGGCUUCGCCAUCCAAGUCCCCCACGUCACCGGGCCCGGUGAUGAGGAUGAGUCAGACAGAGACACGUCUGCAAUGGCGCAACAAAAUGGAUACCUCCCUCAGGCGCCUGAUGUUGAACAUGGAUCUGGAUGGUGAUGAGCGACUUCGGGAUUUUGCACACCAGGCAAGGUGCAACCAUUUGGACAAGAUUUUUGACUGGUACACAACCCACGGUGGUAAGGAGGUACGGAAGGAGGCACAGCGUGCCACAGCACCUGCUUUCGUGCGCUACAACCAGGACGGUCCAGUCAUGCCAGGCUCGCUGCGCGUUCCCAAGACGCCGAAACUUGACAGGCAGAAGGCCUUCGUGUUGCCAUCCCUGCCCAAAUCCUUUCAAAAGCUUCGGUGGAAGAGGCACCUCGAGUGGCUCACAUUACCCGCAGAGUUGCAAGCUGCUGGGAGCCAGGUAGCACGCCACAUUGUCACUGUAGUUCAGAUGAGACGAGCGGCUCAGCAGGCGUACCUCACGAUGUCAUUUGACACCACAAAGAAGGACAGGGCUCCUCGCCUCGUUCUGCUCCAGCAGGCCGGUGUCCUACACUCAGGCAGACAAAGCCUCUCAGUGCUCAAAGAGGCAUGGCACAUGUCAGAUGUCGGCAAUCCGGCACCGGGUCAGGCCCAGCACCUGCAAACCCAGCGGUCCCGUCAACUUUGCCUAGAUUUUGAGGAGAACGGCAAUGUGUACAUGGGAAGCUGCCAAGAGGUAGACCGACAGAAAUUCUUCUUUGAGGGCUCUCACAUAAAGUCUCUGGGCAGCGACAAGUGCCUGGAUUACGACCACUUCAAUGGCAACGUGCACAUGUAUGCCUGCCACGAGCACAACAAUCAGAAGUGGUUCUUCCGCGGAGACAGUUUGCGUACACGGUGGGAUGACAAGUGCCUGGACUUCAACUAUAACACCGACAACGUGUACAUGUGGUGGUGCCAUGGCGGUGACAAUCAGAGAUGGGCUUUCACUUCGGGCCCACCUACAACGGUGCCCUUGCUGCUCUGGGAUCGACUGCUGUACUCUAUGGGGUUGGGCGAGGCCCUCGCUUUGAUCCCCCUGCUGCCUGAGAGGCUUGUGGAGACGCGACUUCCUUUGACAAGAAGGAGUCCUCCUGCCGAGGGCGUCGACGCCAACGGAUGGAGUCCCCCAGUCGAGACGUGCGUUGCCAGCUUGCAGAUCAAGAGGUUGACUUGGGGAGCAGGGGCAUCGAGCCUUUUCUGCGUGGGUCGCAUUAAUGAGUGCGCCUUAUGGAGAGAGCCCUACCUUGGACGCGACGAGACUCCCGGGGAGCUACGGCUGGGGACGUGGCGCAAUGGAAAAGGAAAGAACAAAAGAAAGGCGGAAAAGGAUCGAGAAGACUGGAAGAAGGAAGAGGAGGCAAAAAAUUAUGGUCGAGGGAAGCUUCCCACCUACGCAAACGAGAUCAUUGCAAGGCUCUCUCCAACUAACCUGAGGCACGACAGCGCGUGCCCUGUGAAGAAAACCGUCAGCAGCUCCCACUCUGAAACAUUGGGCCCAAGCGCAGCGGUGAAGUUCCCACCCAUCGCCUUAAUCUCAUUUCGCGCACUCACGUCCAUGGACAUGACGUUUUCGAGGUCUGUCAGCUUGGUUUUGAGCCACGUGGAUAGCGGGGCCAACCAUGCAGAUUCUGCAGAUAAGGGCAGGCUGCGAUGGUGCACAGGCGCCCACGACAAAGUACCAGCCUGGCUUAUUCGUCCACUCAGCUUCGAACUUGGGGCAGCACCGACAUUUGCAACUUUCGAAGUGUCUCUUCAAAACUUGGGAACGAUUCGAGCCUCCCCAUUGCCCAGCCUGCUCGCCUCUGCCAUGCUAGCACGCUGCGUCGAGCAAGGCUGGCUGGCUGCUGUGGAGGGGAAGAGAACACAGUUCCGUCGUUUGCUGGGUUUCCUCAUGUCCUGCGCCUGGCGGCGGCUGGGAGAGAAGAGAGCGGACGGUGCCCGCAUGGUGACAGUGGUUGUGCUGGCCAGGGCGGGCAGUGAGCCUGAGCCGGCUGACACCCUGAGGCGCCUAGAUGAUUUGUCAGCGGCAUGCGAAUUGUUGCGGCAGUACACAGGCUGCCGCUAUGACGUAUGGGACAUGGCUGGAUUAAGCGAAUGCGAUUAUUUUCAGGUCGGGCAGCUGGAUGGUGAUUCAGGGAGCUUCGAACGGGCUUCUAAUGUUCCACACGCUGCUGAUGAUGCUCAGUGUGCCAUCGGCGAAUCGUAUUCGGUCAUGGACGUUUUCCUGCAGGAUGGGCAGAUUCUUGAUUACAGCGCGCUGCCUUCUGUCGGAAAUUCAUGUGAGGACGUAAAGCAUGGAGAUCUUACCGCGGCAGAGGGUUGCAAACGGUUUGUCUUGGAGCACUGGGCACAAUUGCCAAAGCAUGGUCGCGAUGUGUUGCGGAUCACCAUCUUCUGCUGGUGGUUCUGGGACACAACCCCACUCAUCCUCGACCUGGUAGAGGCAGACAAGCGUUGGGCAAAUGCUGACGUGGCGCUGGUCGUCCAGGUGUCCGCCUGGUACACCAUCUGCAACUACAUCAAGACGCACGAGUGCCCGCGAGAGGACCUUCGUCAGUGCACCGAAGAUGAGGCCGUGAACAGCUUCAGCUCCGAGAUGCAAACUGCUCUGAAAAGGUUAGAGCCCUUCUGCAGACUGCGAGCAAACCGGCACGGCUGCGUCGUUGGCACGAAGUCGUGGAGCGCUGCAGGAGGUGGACUAGGCACCUCGUUUGCGCGCUUUGAUGAUGUGGUGCGGCAGCAGAUGACAGGGCCAGGGUCCUCCUCCGGACUGCGAAUGUUUGAUUUCUUCAAGUUUGGCGCCGGCAUGCCGGAUCAGACCAUAUUGGGGCAUGGUUCGCAGAUCCUGCAUUCCUGGGCCUGGCAAAUUAUGCUGAGCGGCUUCUGUCCCAAAGAUGGCGCCAUACAGGUCUCCGGUCUGACGUUCUCCGGCCCUCUUUGCUCUGCUACGGAUGUGGAUCUGGAGAAGUGCCCGGAGUAUGCUGAUCUGUGCCAGAAAUGGGGCAGGUGCACCAUGUGGAUGUGCAUGAAUAGCAUUCCCUGCCAGCUGCUGCCGUUCGAUCUUCGCGGGUUGGACAGCGCUCAUGCUUUUCUUUCCCCGAGUGGAAAGCCAAUUGCUUGCAACUUGCCGGAAUUACUUUCCAUAAGGACUUGGUUGGCUACUGCAUUUGUUCAAAGCCCGUGCUUCCUGAAUGCCUUUUCUUCGACAUAG